AACAUGGCGGGCGUGGCGGAGGCAGCGACCUCCGGGAGCCACCUGAAUGGUGACUUGGACCCAGACAACAAGGAAGAGGGAGCUGCCUCUACGAAUGAGGAGACGGACAAGAAAAAAAGACGGAAGAAGAAGAAGAGUAAAGCAGGGCAACAAGAAACUGAUAAAGAAUCAGCUUCAUUUGAUGAGGUAACAAAACAAUUGGGGAAACAAGCAUUGGAAGAGAAAGAAAGAGAUGAUGAUGAUAAAGCAAAAGUUCAAACAGACCCUCCCUCAGUUCCAAUAUCUGACCUGUUUCCUAGUGGUGUGUUUCCCAAAGGACAAGAGUGCGAGUACCCACCCACACAAGAUGGGCGAACAGCUGCUUGGAGGACUACAAAUGAAGAAAAGAAAGCGCUGGAUCAAGCUAGUGAAGAGGUUUGGAAUGAUUUUCGAGAAGCUGCAGAAGCACAUCGACAAGUUAUAAAAUAUGUUAUGAGCUGGAUCAAGCCUGGGAUGACAAUGAUAGAAAUCUGUGAAAAGUUGGAAGAUUGUUCACGCAAGCUAAUAAAAGAGAAUGACUUAAAUGCAGGUCUGGCAUUUCCUACUGGGUGUUCUCUUAAUAAAUGUGCUGCCCAUUACACUCCCAAUGCUGGUGACACGACAGUAUUGCAGUAUGAUGACAUCUGUAAGGUGGACUUUGGAACACAUAUAAAUGGUAGGAUUAUUGACUGUGCUUUUACUGUCACCUUUAAUCCCAAAUAUGAUAUGUUAUUAAAAGCUGUAAAAGAUGCCACCAACACUGGAAUAAAGUGUGCUGGAAUUGAUGUCCGUCUGUGUGACGUUGGUGAGGCCAUCCAAGAAGUUAUGGAAUCGUAUGAAGUUGAAAUAGAUGGGAAGACAUAUCAAGUGAAACCAAUCCGUAAUCUAAAUGGACAUUCAAUUGGACCAUAUAGAAUACAUGCUGGCAAAACAGUGCCCAUUGUGAAAGGAGGAGAGGCAACAAGAAUGGAGGAAGAAGUGUAUGCUAUUGAAACCUUUGGUAGUACAGGAAAAGGUGUGGUCCAUGACGAUAUGGAAUGCUCCCAUUACAUGAAAAAUUUUGAUGUUGGACAUGUACCAAUAAGGCUUCCAAGAUCAAAACACUUGUUAAAUGUCAUCAAUGAAAACUUUGGUACCCUCGCCUUCUGCCGCAGAUGGUUGGAUCGCUUGGGAGAAAGUAAAUACUUGAUGGCUCUGAAGAAUCUGUGUGAC